CGCAGGAAGUUGUUAUUAUUCCGACCAAAGAACUAAUCCCCCAGACCGGGACAGAGUUACAGGCAACGGGCAAAGGCGGCAACCCCAAUAUCAAGUCAAUUAUUCCACAUCCCCUUCUCCAUCCUCUCGAACCCUACCACCGUUCCACCCACGUCCUUUCGCGUCCACGUCCAACUGCGUAUACUACGACGUUACCACGACGUUUGCUACUCCCAUCCGCUCAUUGCUCGCCUCCAAUUCUCUCGAUUCACGCUUGAAUCACCUUUGUUAGACGCGUCAAGCUUGCAAGACGACGCAACGAUGCUCGUCCACCGUACCCGUCCCCUGGCCGCUCGCCUUGCCCAUUCGCCCGCUUCGAUCCCUCUCUCUGCCACAUUAGCCCUCCGUACCUUUUCUUCCGGCGCCUCUCUUAACGAAGAGCGCGCCCCGGCCCUGGCUGACAUCACUGUGGACGGCGUGGAUCGGUUCAAUGCGAGGCAGCAGGACUUCCGUACCCAGCUCGCCGAUGCACAGAAGCGCAAGGACCAGCUAGAAAAAGAAGCACGCGCUCGCGAAGUGGGCGAAAACGGUUCCAAGAAGGGCCGCCUCUCCACUCUUCUCCACGGCACACCCGAAGGCCGCGAUUACGACAAACAGAUCGAACAGAGCUUCAGCCAAGUUCUUGCGCGAGGCAAAUACGUCCAUAGCAUCGUCUUUCACGAGGUCAAGCCGGGAAAAGUGGACGAAUACGUUAAGUUGGUGGGUAGCUGGUAUCCGCGUGUAGCCACCAAUCCGCAGUUCAAGGUGAAUCUUGUGGGUAGCUGGAGAACGGAAGUCGGAGAUUGCGAUACCUUCGUCCACAUCUGGGAGUACCAGCGGUAUCAAGGCUACCAUGCCUCUCUGCACGCCAUCCAGCGGGAUCCGGGGUUCGGUCCAUUUGACGCGCAACUGAAGAACUUGAUAACCACUAAGAGCACCUCUCUGAUGCAGGAAUUCUCCUUCUGGCCGACCACGCCUCCCCGCAAUCUCGGCGGCCUCUUCGAACUCCGAUCCUACACCCUCCACCCCGGCAACCUUCUCGAGUGGGAGACCCAUUGGCGCCGCGGCCUGAAAGCCCGCCGCGAGGUGAUGGAAGGCGUGGGCGCCUGGUUUGUCCAGAUCGGCGACCUUAACACCGUCCACCAUCUCUGGCAGUUCGCCGAUCUCGAGGAGCGGAAGGUUCGGCGGGAGCAGAGCUGGAGCAUCGAGGGGUGGGGCGAGACGGUACACAAGACCGUGCCGCUGAUUCAGACCAUGCGGAGUCGGAUUCUUAUUCCGAUGCCCUGGAGUCCCGUUGCCUAGAUAUUUGGGCGGGCGUAGACUUUACUAGGAAAAGGCCUUGAGCACCUCAGGAACCUCGACGAGUGGUGAGCUGCGAGAUUGGAGACCUGUCCUCAUACUCGGGCUUUAUUCUAGUCUUGCUGGGAGGCGUUCGCGUUGCUUCGAUCAUUUGAAGCCCAUGGGAUCUGAAGCGGUA